CACCUCAGACCAAUACCCCAUAAAAAAUGCCUGAAACUGGAGUCGACCGUCACGAUGGCACGUCGUCCGAGGAGGAGUCUGACGGAGAGAUCGUUGUCACAACUCGCAGAAAGUCGUUCGGGAUCCGUGUAGCUCAGACUCCACAGCAGGCUCAGCAGCAGGUACUGAGCCAAAUCGGGAAUAUGGCCGGUCAGAGACAAGUCAACGAAGUAGUGGUCCAACAAACCUCCUCACAAGAGAAAACAGACGCCGAGAAAAAAGCCCUCGAGCAGCACCAGAAGAUGCUCGAGGCCCAGCAGCUUGCCAAAGCCCAGCAGGCUGCCGCUCUCCAGGCCGCUGCGGCCCGUGUUGCCCAGGCCCAAAACCAGGCUCAGGUGAAUCAAGCCGCACAGGAUCAGGCUAAAAAAGCCCAGCAGGAAGCCUUGCAAAGAGCCCAGGAGGCUCAGAAGAAAGCCCAGGAGGAGGCCUUGAAGAAGGCUCAGGCAGCACAACAACAGGCACAGGCACAGGCUCAGGCUCAGCAGAAGGCUCAGCAGGAGGCUUUGCAGAAGGCACAGGAAGCGCAGAAAAAGGCCCAAGAGGAGGCUUUGAAGAAGGCUCAGCAAGCUCAGGCUCAAGCUCAGGCCCAGGCUCAGGCUCAGGCUCAAGCCCAGAAAAAGGCACAAGAAGAGGCCCAGAAGAAGGCUCAGCAAGCCCAGGCUCAAGCUCAGGCUCAGCAGCAGGCUUUGUCUCAAAAGAAAGCACAAGAAGAAGCCCAGAAGAAGGCCCAACAGGCCCAGCAAGCUCAGGCUCAGGCUCAAACCCAAGCCCAGAAAAAAGCACAGGAAGACGCCCAGAAGAAGGCUCAACAAGCUCAGCAAGCUGCGGCCCAAAAGAAAACCGAGGUUCCAGUUCAGGCUCAAGCCCAGCCAGCACAAUCAACAGUACCACAAAAGUCUGGAGCCAUCGCACAGGCUCAGCCGGCUCAACAAGAAAUUCAUGCAGCAACCGGACCAAAAUGGAGCAGAACGCCUGGAAAAAAUCAAAUUCAAGGCCCACAGCCUGAGCAACCGAAACAGGCCACAGCAGUUGCUCCGCCAACAGGAAAAACUGCUCUCAGACAGACUGUGCAGGUCCAAGAGCAAGAGCUUGCAGUUGGCGGUCACCAGGCUAUGUCACCAAUUAUGGCCCGAAAACCACAGAUUCAAGCCGAGCAACUAGCCCAGAAGUUUGUGGAGAAGCCUGAAGAGCAGAAGGAUAAACAGGCUGUACAAAAGGGACAACAGUUGGAAGGAGCCAAACGAUGGGUAGCUGAUUCCGAGCUCCGCGAGCAACCCGUCAACAGUAUGCAACAAGUCGAGCAUGGCCCCAAGGCUGUGAUUUUGGCGGACGACGCCUGCUGGCAGACUCAGCGCCGUGUUCCAGCAGAAAUCCAGCUCCCACAGGUCGGAAAAAUCUCAAUUCCAGAGCUCAGCGAGAAGGAGAUUCAGCGCACAAUUGUGGCCCAGCCGGCUUCCUAUCACAAAGUCCAAUGGAAUGAGUUCCCCGAAGAGCCGAAAUAUGAAAUCGGAGCCGUACCAAAGACGAAGACCCAGGACUGGGUUCCGGUGAACAAUGAGCAAAAUGAGCUGCAACGGAGCAUUUAUAAGCCGGCUCGUAUGUCGGCAGUGUGGCCACCACCGCAGGAUGAGCUUGUUAAGGAUGGACACUCCCCACUUGUCGUCAAAGCCAACGAGGACACCGCCUGGAUUCAACAGGACCAAAAUGGAGUGCUGAAACAAGCUGUCUGGGGAAAAACUUCCCGAAUCAACCGAGUCUGGCCACCUCCAGAGAACGAGUCAACACUUUCCGAUUUUGGACCCCAACACAUGCCAGUCGUCCAGUGGCCACCACCGGAAGCCGAGGCUCACGAGCGUGAGCAGGUGGAGGUGCUCCAGAAACAUAUUCCAACGAAGAAAAUGGAGAGACAGUGGCCACCACCGCCACCACAGUAUCAAGUAGUCGAAUCUUCCGGCGAAAUCGAAACCCGUUACAAUCCUGCAGAGGUCGACCAACAACAGCAAGCGGCCGGCCAACAACAGGUCAUCCGCACUGUCAUCCGAUCACAGUGACGUCAUCAUAAUUGAUUGUUUUUCUGUAUUUUCGAACCCUCCUCCAAUUUAUUGAUUUUUUCUUUUGGUUUUUUUUUUUCAAAAUUUUUGAGUAAAAAAUCAGUAUUUGUGUAAAAGUAUUUUUUUUUCGAAAAAUUUCAAUUUCCAUAAUUUUUUUUUGAUUUUUUGAUUUAUGCGUAUGUGUCCUUAACAUAAAUGAAGGUCUUCAUGCAAAUAUGAAUUAGCUA